ACUUGCUGUGGUUCGAAUAGCUCACGCUGCUCAAUAUUAAGACUGUCGUGAUUCCCAUUACUUAACAGUUAUUACCGAUCAGAAGGGAGUUCCCGGCUGAAACUUGUCUCGCUCUGCAAAUCUCAAAGUGUGUGACAUGAACGCGAUGGAGCAAACCUCGGAGACGAACCUCGUUUUUCGACGGGCCACCGGCGAGGACCGGGAGGCUGUCCGCGAGGCCAUGGCCAAGUUUUUCUACGCCGAGGAGACCGUUACGGUGUGUUACUACAACGGCAGCGAGGUAACGCGGGACGAUAUGGAGUUUUCGUUGUCGCUGAUCGAGCACGGUUACGUCACGCUGGCACUGGACGGUGACCGGAUCGUGGGGCUCACCGGAGCUGGAACGAUCGCGGCGGACGAGGCGGCCAAGCUGCGUGAACAAGCCGAAGCAGCGGAAACGGAAAAGUUUGGAGAUAUUUUGCGCUUUUUGGCGCACAUGGCCGAACACGGGAACGUCUGCAAGCGAUUCGGAGUGGAGCAGGCGUUCCACGUGUACUUCAUUGCCGUCGAUCCGGACCUCCGCGGGAAGAGUCUGGCCAAGCAGCUGAUGGAGAUGCAGUUUGAGCUGGCGGCACAGCUGGGCGUUGCGGUGAUGAGCGGGGACAUUACCAACAUUCACGCGGGGAGAAUGGCUCUAGGAAUGGGACUGGAGUGUGUCUACACGGUGCUGUUCAACGACUACCGGGACGAAAAGUCCGGCCGGCAGGUGUUUGUGACGCAGGAACCGCACGAAGCGAGGACGUUUGUGGCGAAGCUGGAGCAGUGAAUGUGGUGCAUUUGUUUAAUUUUAACUAGUUAGUUUGUAUGUUUUAAUGAAUAAAUAAUAAUUAGAUCAUUACAA